AUGAGUGACGAAGUAGCAGUGCCUCCGGUGCAGGAAGGAGAGAAAGUUGAAGCUCAGGUUGAAGAAGUUGCAGAGGAAGUUGUCAAUGAAGGUGGUGAUUCAGGCAAGAAGAAGAAGAACAAGAAGAAGAAGAAGAAGAAUAACAUUAAGAGGAUUGAACUUAUCUACCCGGAUGAAGUGUAUCCUGAAGGUGAAUGGAUGGACUACCAGCAGGACUUCAACCUGGAGCGUACCACUGACGCCGAGAAGAGGUACUUGGCAAGAGAUAUGGAGAAACAAAGCGAAUGGAACGAUGUUAGAAAGGGUGCUGAGAUCCAUCGUCGUGUGAGAAAGAAUGUGCAGAACAAGUUGAAGCCUGGGAUGUUACUAACCGAGGUUGCCGAUAUAAUUGAGAAUGCUACAAGAAAGUUUACAGGUGCUGAGGACUUAACCAAGAUGGAUAAUCCAGUCAGUCAAGGUAUUGGUUUCCCAACUGGUUUGUCUCUGAAUCAUUGCGCUGCCCAUUAUACCCCUAACACUGGAGAUAAGACGGUUCUGAAAUAUGAGGAUGUCAUGAAAGUUGAUAUUGGUGUUCAAGUGAAUGGUCAUAUUGUUGACUCAGCAUGGACUGUAUCCUUUGAUCCCCAAUACGACAACUUGCUCGCAGCUGUGAAGGAUGCUACAUACACGGGUAUCAAGGAGGCCGGUAUUGACGUAAGAUUAACCGAUAUUGGUGAGGCAAUCCAGGAAGUAAUGGAAUCCUAUGAGGUAGAGAUCAAGGGUAAGACGUACCAAGUGAAACCUUGCAGAAACCUAUGUGGUCACAGUAUCGGCCCUUACACCAUCCAUGCUGGUAAAUCCGUUCCAAUUGUGAAGAAUGGUGACCAGACGAAAAUGGAAGAAGGUGAGCACUUCGCCAUCGAGACCUUCGGUACCACUGGUAGAGGCUAUGUGGUAAGUGGUGGUGAAGUAUCCCACUAUGCCCGUCUGCCAUCGGAUGGCCUUCCACAACCAAACUUGGCUAGCGCAAAACAACUAUUGAAAGUCAUCGACGACCACUUCGGAACCCUACCGUGGUGUCGCCGCUACUUAGAUAGAUUAGGCCAGGACAAGUACCUAUUUGCACUUAACAGUCUAGUGAAGCAAGGCCACGUCCAGGACUACCCACCAUUGAAUGAUGUUAUUGGAUCUUACACCGCACAGUACGAGCACACUAUCCUGCUGCACCCACACAAGAAGGAAGUGGUGUCAAAGGGAGACGACUAUUGA